GUAAGAUUACACAAAUCUCUUCUGUCACUAAAGUGUUAAAGUGUAGUUUAUAAAAUGUGCCAGUUUAUUAAUAGCUCUUUUGAUGAAUUACAGCAAUACAGCACAACAUUUGACUAAUGUUGCUAAAAAUUCAGAGAUAAAUGACUAAGAUAAAUCACUCAAAAAAGUGGCUAGAAGUCACAAAUGAUACUAAUUUGCCUAUUCUGUGAACCAUCAUGAUCAUUUGCACAUCAAAACGCGUUACAUGAAGAAGGAAGAUUCUCUGAGUCUUAUCAGAGUUUUACCAGAAAAUACUCGAAUCAUUUCUUAUAGAAUGUAGAAGCCUUUGGUCAUGGCAUCACAAUAACUAUUUAUGUAUUUGCAAAGUAAAGUCCAAUCAACUAUUUACUAUCAUUUCUAUCAGGAACACAGACAAAAAAGAAACAGUAGUAGUGAGUAGCUGGGAAACACACAUGAAGGAAAAUGGUUUUGGAUGGAAUAGCUCAUUUAUUGCUUGUAAAUAUAAUUAUGAAGAGAGUUUCAAAGAAAGAAGAAAGAAGUGCACAGGCAGGACAGACAUGGUGGUUAGUCAUUGGGAACAUCAGCUUGUGAAAGCACAACUCAGUCAGGCUGUACACACUGGCAGUGAGUCAUGUGAACCUGCUCUCUCAAAUCAUAUAACCAGCAGUUGUGAUAUGAGCUGGAGAGCUGUACAAAGUGCAGGAGACGUGCUAAUGGUUAACACAUCUAGCAACAAAGUCAGUAAAUUUGGCAACACUGAACUGCUUCAGAGAGCCAGUUGAAACGAACCGUGAGCUUUCAUAGUCUUUCAGAACAGCAGGAGGAAGUUAACUGUCUAUCAAAAAAGGGGACUUUUACUCUUGGAUGAGAAGGUUCAUUCCUGCUUAACUCUGGGGAUUCUUAGCUUUCUGCUACCAGCUACACAGAUGACACGUAUUUUCAUCUAUGGCACUCUUAAAAAGGGCCAGCCCAACCACUACAGGAUGCUGGACACCGCCAAAGGCAAUGUCAAGUUCCUUGGCUGUGCUCGCACUGUUGACAAAUACCCCCUGGUGAUAGCAGGCAAGUACAAUAUCCCUUUCCUCCUCAACGUGCCGGGAGAGGGACAACGUGUCCAGGGGGAAAUCUACAGUGUGGAUGACCCAAUGCUGAAGUUCCUUGAUUGGUUCGAAGGCUGUCCAAAAAUGUAUCAGCGAACACAGGUCUUGCUUGAGAUUGAGGAGUGGGUUGGAGAGGGAGAGGGAACACCUAAAGUGGGCAGUACUACUGAGGCCUUUGUGUACACUACCACCACUUACGAGCCUGAGUGGCUCCAGUAUACUACCUUCGACAGCUAUGAUGCAUAUGGGGAUCAUGGUCUGCACUACAAGAGUCGAGAAGCCAGAGACUCUGACAAUGUAAUUUCCUGACUAUCUUUGACAGGUUUCUCUGCAGCGAUACACACAGCCAUACACGCAGGUUUCACACAGUGACAGAAUUCAUUCCUUUUUGCAUUGGAAAAUAAGCGUUAAUAAGAAAUAAUGAUUUUGAAUGCUAGUUUAUUCUGCAAGUCAAUCAGUUUAUUCUUUUAGCUGCAUUCCAGUUUCUUUAAACCAGGGAUUAUCUAAUGGAGGACGAAGUGUCAAGUUUUCUCUGGGCCAAACCCAUCCUCCAACACAUUUCUAUAGCCAUGUUAUAAUUGUGUAGAAUCUCUUAAAAAGUAUUGUAUAAUGUCUUGCCUACUAAAAUGUAUAACUACACAUAGGUGACACACUCUCGCAUUGUAAACUUGUGUAGGGGAGCCUGUGCUGGUGACAUCAGGACCACAGAGUGAAAACAUUCACAUUUAAAUGUCUAAAACACUUUUAACAUUAGAUAUUGUACUGAAAGAUAUGAGUGCUAUUAUGCCAAAGGUUGCGUAAAUUUGCAGUGAGUGAGAAUGUAUGUGAAAAAGAUUUAAUACUAAAAAGUAGAAUCCAAUCUCUAUCAGCACUUCAUUUUUAAUCAAGCUCCAACUCAUUCUGCAUUUAGUGCAAAACACGUCGAACAGCAGUGGCUUUUUUUCUUUAAUAAAUUGUAUUUAUAAGAGUAGUUUUGAUGAUGAUUGCUUUUCAUUCUUACUCAAGUAAAUAUGUAAAGACAAGGAUUUACAUUUUACAAUCGGGUCUGUUUUUCCACCUUGAAUAAUGGUGUAUACUGUAGCACAAAUUGCUGAAAAUGUUCAUGCUGGCUAUGACAGAAAGGUGUCAGAACACACAGUGCAUCGCAGCUUGCUGCGCAUGGGGCUGCAUAACCAUAGACCGGUCAGAGUGCCCAUGCUGACUCCUGUCCACCACCAAAAGCACCUACAGUAGGCACAUGAGCAUCAGAACUGGGCCAUGGAGCAAUGGAAGAAGGAGGCCUGGUCUGAUGAAUCAAAGUUUCUUUUAAAUCAUGUGUAUGGCUGGGUGUGCGUGCAACGCUUACCUGGGGAAGAGAUGGCACCACGAUGCAUUAUGGGAAGAAGGCAAAACUGGAAAGAGACCAGGUGAUUUUUUUUUCCUUCUAAUCUUCAACUGUCCAGUUUGGGUGAGUCUGUGCCCAUGAAAGCCUCAGAUUCCUGUUCUUGGCUGAUAGGAGUGGAAACCAAUCUGCUCUUCUGCUGUUCUUUAGCCCAUCCACCUAAAAGUUGAUCAACAAGGCGUUUCCACCCACAGACCUGUCACUCACAGGACGUUCUUUGUUUUUCGCACCAUUCUGUGUAAACUCUAGAGACUGUUGUGCGUGAAAUUCCCAGGAGAUCAGCAGUUUAUGAAAUACUCAAUCUAGCCUUUCUGAUACCAAUAUCCAUACCAUGAUCAAUUAACUGAAUUAACUGAAGCUCUUGACCUGUAUCUGCAUGAUUUAUUUUUUUUUUUGCAUUGUCACAUUAUUGGCUGAUUAUGUAACUGUAUGAAUGUGCAGGUGUACAGGUGUUCCUAAUAACGUGGAUUGUGAGUGUAUCACAUAGAAUGUGUACAUUUUCAUAUGACUGUAAUUGUUUGAUGACUUUUGAUGAAAUAAUCAAAAAUACUGGUAUCAACUGCUGUGAAACCACCUAUGUUUGAAUACCACAUAGUCUACAUGGCCAGAGACCCUACAGUAUAAAUAAAAUUAAGUUUAUGGAUCAAAGUUUUUGGCUUAUUAGAAUGCUUUGUUUUCAAGCAACACAGAUCCACCCAAUGUAUACAUUACUGUAUAAAUUAUAGUGCAGUGCACAAUAAAUUCAAACAUAUUAUCUCAUUAAUAUCAUUUACUGUGGUAAGCAAAUUUAUGAAUUUGCUAACUGAACUGAACUGAAACCAUGACCUGAGACUACAGAUCAAGACCAAAUAGAUGUAGACUAUCAAUGCUGACAGCAGGACCUUGACCUUUAUAAUCUAAUUUACAGGUUGGAGAUAUGGCUAUUUUGGGCAUAAGAUACUAAAUAUGUUCAAGUCAAGUGGCUUUAUUGUCAUUUCAACCAUAUACAGCUAGUUAAUACACAGUGAAAACGAAACAAGGUUCCUCCAGGAUCAUGGUGGAAUAUCAAACAACACAUCAGACAACACAGAACUACAAAAGACUACACAUUACUACAUAAAGUGCACGUGCAAGCGUGUGCAAACAGCACAAGACAGUACAAUAACUACUAAAACAGGACGACAGGCACAUUAAGAGACAGUGCCACGACAAAUACAUUCAAAUGCAGGUGUUAGUGGUUGUAGUGAUGAAGGAAUCACACUGUUUAUCCUUUUAUAGUAACGUUUAAUUGUGGAACCUCCAUAACAUCCUUAUGUCAUAGUAACUACUAUGUAAGUUGCUACUAAGUAAAAAAUAACAUAUUAGAAUGAGCGCAUUAAUAUGAACCUGUAAGUUGCUGCCAGAGAAUAUUAAUCAAUCUUCUGACCAAUCAGAUUCGAGAAUUCACCAGAACUGUGGUGUAAAGGCUUACAAUGUACAAUGUGAAAGAAAAGUCUAUGAUAUUGUUGAAUAAAUGCUAAAAUUCAAUAAAAUCUUGUUCUUAAUUUCACUGAAUAA